AUGGAGUCGCCAGAGCAGCGCCAGGCCGAAGCAGGCGUCGUGGGACGCGACGAAAGGCAUGGGUCGGAAGAGGCAGCUGCGCCGAGGCUGAAGGAUCACGACCGCGAGCAGCCCACACCUCCAGCUUCCAUGCUCCGCUUUGCGACCAACACGUCCCACGACCACCGAAAUGCCAUCUCCUUGCGCGAAGUCGACCCUGUUUCAGUGCGACUCGAACAUCUCUCCGUGUCUGUCGACGAAUCGCCAAAUGCUUUUGCGCGAGCUUUCUCAAAGCGAAAAACACCCCCCAGCGGCAGCCAUGUGAAGUCUAUCCUCGAUGACAUCUCGGCGGAUAUGCCAUGUGGGACUCUUACAGCCAUCAUAGGCGGGAGUGGAAGUGGCAAGACGUCGUUGCUGAAUCAAAUGAGCGGCCGCAUGAAAGGAAAACGCCUUGCUACCUCUGGUCGCACGCUGUUCAACGGCACCCAAGAUACGUCAAAGUCACGCAGCGCUUAUGUCAUCCAACAAGACAUCCUUCUUCCCACUCUAACAGUCCGCGAGACAUUGACAUACGCUGCGCAGUUACGACUGCCGUCAUCCGUCAGCCAAAUAGAGAGGAAGCAACUAGUGGAAGAAGUUAUAUUAGAGCUGGGUCUCAAGGAAGCAGCAGAAACUCGGAUUGGGAACCACGCACAUAAAGGAUGUAGUGGUGGUGAAAAGAGACGGACAAGCAUUGGUGUUCAACUCCUGUCGAACCCAAGUCUUCUAUACCUGGAUGAACCUACAACAGGUCUGGACUCUACCAGCGCCUAUCAGGUCGUCAAAACCUUGCAAACCCUCGCCCGAAAAGGGCGGACAAUCAUCGUCACCAUCCACCAGCCACGAUCGGAAAUAUGGAAUCUUUUCGACAACGUCAUCCUCUUGACGAGGGGCAAUCCUGCUUACGCUGGCAGCGCCAAAGACUGCCUCCCACAUUUUGCAAAGCUUGGCCAUGACAUGCCAUUGUUCACAAAUCCUGCAGAAUAUCUAAUCGACUUGGUCAGCGUGGACAACAGGAGCGAAGAGGCCGAGAGCGCUGCUCAAGAACGUGUUGGCCACAUCAUCGAAGCAUGGAGAGCACACGUCAACGGCACUGUUGACGAAAAGGAUGGAUCAGGCUCACCUCUCGCCCCAGUCACGAGGGCUCAGUCAAAAUCGAAUCAAGGACGGAGACACACCUCGCUCGUGCAACAGAUCCGGGUACUCACCGCGCGGACUUGGACAGUAACAAUAAGAGACCCUAUGGGUAUGUUUGGCAGUCUCGUUGAGGCGAUUGGGAUGGCGAUCAUCACAGGCUGGAUCUUCCUGCAGCUUGACGGCUCACUCUCAGGCAUCCGCUCUCGGCAAGGCGCACUCUACAACGCAGCCGCGCUCCAAGGCUAUCUCAUCCUUCUUUACGAGACGUAUCGACUUACUACCGAUAUACAAUUGUUCGAUGAAGAAGCACGCCAAGGUGUGGUCAGCAUUCCGGCAUUCCUAAUAUCAAGGAGAUUAGCUCGAGUAUUCAUCGAAGAUAUUCCGGUACCGUUGGUCUUUUCGCUCAUCUACUAUUUCUUUUGCGGCUUCCGCGCGGACGGAGGCCAGUUCCUUACUUUCUUCGGAAUAAUUUUAUUACAUCAGUAUAUCGCCGUAUGCUUUGCUAUGACCUGCAUCGCUGUCUCCAGAAACUUUGCCGGGGCGAGCUUGGUCGCCAAUCUUGCAUAUACGUUGCAGUCGAUGGCGUGUGGUUACUUCAUCCAGUCCAACACUAUACCGAUUUAUGUUCGCUGGACCAAGUGGAUCGCCUACGUAUUCUAUGCUUUCGGGGCCUUGUGCGCCAACGAGUUUACCGGUAAAUUUUAUGACUGUCCACUUGAGGGUGGUCCUUCGAAUCCAGCUUGCAAGGAGUACACGGGAGAGUUCAUUCUGGAUUCGCUUGGUUUCCCCGACAACUGGGUUUGGAGACCCAUCCUCGCGCUCCUCGGCUUUGUCAUUGCCUUCUAUAUCGGUGCAGGCAUUUUGCUCAACUUUCGGGCUGCUGAGAUCGCAAUGGCUCGCGCAAGACCUUCGAAUAUGGAUGCCUCAGCUGGCAAGGAGAAAAUGGGCGAGCGUGCUGCGGGCGAUGUCAGAACAAUCAAUAUCAGGCUCGAGGGCUAUGGUAUGGACAUUGAAAAGCGGUCUUUGCGCAAACAGUGGACCAAAGCUAUUCUCAAGCCACUCACUACGGAAUUUCAGCCCGGAUCGCUGAACGUAAUCAUGGGUCCCUCUGGAUCUGGGAAGACGUCUUUGUUGAACAGUAUGGCCGGAAGACUCAAAGACGACAUGUCAACGAGAUAUAAGCAGUAUGGUACAAUGAGCUACAACGGGCUUGCGCCCUCUCUGGAUGUUGUUCACUCCAUCUGUUCCUUUGUUACUCAGGACGAUGACGCGCUUCUGGCUUCUCUAACAGUCCGCGAAACUCUACGUUAUGCUGCGGGUCUUCGGCUACCGAAAUGGAUGUCCAAGGAGCAAAAAGUUCAGCGAGCUGAAGAGAUCCUCCUGAAAAUGGGCCUCAAAGACUGCGCGGACAACCUGAUUGGAAAUGACAUCGUUAAGGGUAUCAGUGGGGGUGAGAAGCGAAGAGUAACCAUUGCGGUACAAAUUCUCACCGAACCGCGCAUUUUACUGCUAGAUGAGCCGUUGUCUGGGCUGGAUGCCUUUACAGCUCUAUCAAUCAUGGACGUGCUGAGAGGUUUAGCUAGUGAGGGACGCACACUGAUCGUGACCAUCCACCAACCACGAUCGGAUCUUUUCGCUCACUUCGGCAGCAUAUUACUCCUGGCCCGUGGUGGCUAUCCUGUGUAUGCUGGCCCCGCAGCCAACAUGCUCCGCCAUUUUGCCACCCAAGACUACGCAUGCCCUCAGCAUGUCAAUCCCGCUGACUUUGCUCUCGAUCUCAUCACUGUCGACCUUCAGCACGAAACGCGCGAAGCAGCCAGCCGAGCGAAAGUGCUCAAAUUGAUCGAAUCAUGGAGCUCUGACAUGUUUCCUCUCGCGCAAACUGGCUCUAUAGCUACACCAGCCGAACUUGGAAGUUUGGCGAGAGAGCCAGCCUCGUUUUCUUCUGCGUACUCGAUCCUGAUCAGACGUGCUACAAAGAAUAUGUUUCGUCAGCCAGAGAUCCUCAUUGCGAGGAUUAUGCAAGUCGUAGGCCUGGGUCUUGUUCUAGCCUUGUAUUUUGCACCGCUCAAGAACAAUUAUUUUGCGAUUCAAAACAGGCUAGGAUUUAUAGUUGAGAUUGCGCCACUUUACUUCGUUGGCAUGCUAAACAACAUCGCCGUAUACCCCGUUGAGAGAGACGUGUUCUACCGCGACUACGAUGACCGCAUCUACGGAGUUGAAGCCUUUUACCUCACCUAUAUCUCCAUUACAACACCAUUCGAAAUUAUUAGUUGCAUCAUCUUCUCUAUUCUCGCCGUUCUAGCUUGCGGCCUAGAGCGCGACGCGACGACGUUCUUCAUUGUCACCUUCAACGCGUUCUGCAUCACCAGUUGUGGCGAGAGUCUGGGUAUUGCCUUCAAUACCCUCUUCACGCAUACUGGCUUCUCGGUCAACUGCAUGUCGGUCUUUCUCAGUGUUGCGCAAGUCAUGGGUGGCGUAUUGUCCCUCGAUGUUCCAAAGUUUCUGCAAGCCUGGAAUCAUCUAUCUCCUAUCAAAUGGGCCAUUGGAAAUUUGGCACCAUAUACCCUUCGCGGCCUCCACUUCACCUGCGAAGACUGGCAGAAGAUCAACGGGCGGUGUCCGAUCACUACUGGCGAGGAAGCGCUAAACCUCUACAAACUCAAUAAGAAUCCGGAGAUGAAUCUCAUGGCUUUGGGAAUAUGUGCUAUAGCGUAUCGCUUUUUCGCCUAUGUUGUCUUGAAGGCGGUAAAGGAGAGAUGGCUGGGAAGAUUGUGGAAGAAAGUGGGAGGCGGGGAGAAGGCGAAGGUGACAUCCCAGACAUUGAAUGCAACAGCAGCUGAAAACGGGUGA